UACAUGAGAUACUCCAGCUCCCAAAAUUGUUUCAUAAUUCCAUCUUCAAUUAUGAUCAGCACUUUACUCCCUGUUGGAGUUAGUUUACAACCAACCUCUCCUCCUGCUCCCUAAUCUGCACCAGUACAACAAACCUCUUAACCAAAACAUUCUCUCUCACCUGUUCAAACUCUAUAUAUUUCCCUCCAAUCUCACACUUGAUCAUCAACCAAGCUCACCUCUAAAAGUCUUAAGACCUCUCAUUCCAAAAUCAUCAAGCAUGAACUUUGCAGGGCCCUCCUCCACCGAAAACGUCUUCAAUGACGAGGAAAAGGCUCCAAUGGCCGCCCCUCCUCAUUCUGUUCCUCCUCCAAGCACGUCAAGAGCUCCGAGGUUUGCGUUCUUCAGGAAGGCACAGCGCGAGAGAGGAUGGAGGAGAGGAAUCGCUUUGUUCGGCUUCAUUCUGAGGCUCUUGGCGAUUGGGGCCACGCUCUCAGCCACCAUCGCCAUGGCUACUACUGAUGAGACCCUCCCGUUCUUCACUGAUCAUUAUCAAUUCUAUGCAAACUUCUCCGACCUUCCAGCGUUAACGUUUUUCGUGAUCGGCAACGCAAUAGCAGCAGGAUACCUGGUCCUGUCACUUCCCUUGUCCAUUGCAGUCAUCAUCUGCGCAUGCAGUAGCGGCGCUCACCUUUUUCUCCUUAUCCUCGACCUCGUUAUGGUGGCUCUGACAACAGCAGCGGCCUCUGCUGCAACGGCGAUUGUGUACUUGGCUCACACUGGCAAUGACAAAGCCCACUGGGUCGCGUUCUGCAUCAGGUUCGACGGGUUCUGCGAGCAGAGCAGCGGGGCUCUGGUGGCCUCGUUCGUCGGGAUCGUGAUCUUGAUGAUGAUGGUUGUGACGUCCGCCCUUGCUCUCAGGAAACACUAAGAACUUAUACCGUGAUUAUGCUGUUUACGAUUCUGUUGUACUCUUUGUGUUUGUUGCUUGAGGUUGUGAACUUAAUUUGUUGUACUUUGUGAUCAUAUAUAUUCGUACGUAAUCUGGAAGUGUUUUAUUAAUCCAUGCAUGUUUGUAACUUGGAG